AUGCUAAAAAUUAUUAUCCCAACUGCUAUGCUACUACCCCUAGCCAUUCUCUCCCCUUGCAAGCACCUAUGAACCAACACCACCCUGUACAGCUUGCUGAUCGCCGCUACAAGCCUACAAUGACUCACACCCACAUACUACCCGAACAAAGGCCUAACCCCCUGAACCUCCAUCGACCAAAUCUCCUCCCCCCUACUAGUCCUCUCCUGCUGGCUCCUGCCCCUCAUAAUCAUAGCAAGCCAAAACCACCUAGAACAGGAACCCGCCGCCCGCAAGCGAAUCUUCGCAACAACAAUCGUCCUAGCCCAACUAUCCAUCCUCCUAGCCUUCUCAGCCUCAGAACUGAUACUCUUCUACAUUGCAUUCGAGGCCACUCUAAUCCCAACCCUGAUCCUCAUCACACGAUGAGGCAACCAACCAGAACGCCUAAACGCUGGAAUUUACCUACUAUUUUACACACUCGCCAGCUCGCUACCAUUACUAAUCGCCAUUCUCCACCUACAAAACCAAAUUGGCACACUAUACCUCCCAAUACUAAAACUCUCACACCCCACACUAAACGACUCCUGAUCCGGACUAGCCGCAAGCCUAGCCCUACUCCUUGCCUUCAUAGUUAAAGCCCCCCUCUACGGCCUGCACCUAUGACUCCCAAAAGCCCACGUAGAAGCCCCCAUCGCCGGCUCCAUACUACUAGCCGCCCUGCUCCUAAAACUCGGAGGAUACGGAAUCAUGCGAAUUACUAUCCUGGUAAACCCAACAUCAAGCAACCUCCACUACCCAUUCAUCACCCUGGCCCUAUGAGGCGCCCUAAUAACCAGUGCCAUCUGCCUACGACAGAUCGACCUGAAAUCCCUAAUUGCUUACUCAUCUGUAAGCCACAUAGGACUAGUAGUAGCCGCAACCAUAAUCCAAACCCAAUGAGCAUUCUCAGGGGCAAUAAUCCUAAUAAUCUCACAUGGACUAACAUCGUCAAUACUGUUCUGCCUAGCUAACACCAACUACGAACGGACUCACAGCCGAAUCCUCCUACUCACACGAGGACUACAACCGAUACUACCCCUAAUAGCCAUCUGAUGACUUCUAGCCAACCUCACAAAUAUAGCCCUCCCCCCAACAACAAACCUCAUAGCAGAACUAACCAUUGUAAUUGCACUAUUCAACUGAUCCGCUUUCACGAUCAUCCUUACAGGAGCCGCAAUCCUACUCACAGCCUCAUACACCCUAUACAUACUCACAGUGACACAACGAGGUCCCCUCCCAUCACAUAUCACAUCAAUCCAAAACUCCUCCACACGAGAGCACCUCCUUAUAGCCCUACACGCAAUCCCGAUAUUCCUACUCAUCCUCAAGCCUGAACUAAUCUCGGGUACUCCAAUAU